CUGUUUUUAUGCGACGUUACUGUCAUGGCUCUGUUUCCAUCAUUUGCUGAAGAGGCGACUAACAAAGUUGAAGAUUCGCCCAAAGAAUUAGACUGGCUGAAAAACAAGAGUUUUAGGAGCGGAGAUGCCCUCUCUCUUCAUCAUCGGUUUGCUGAGAAGACCAACGACAGGCAGAAAGAAUCAAGUGUUGAUAAAGACGUAAGCUCUGCAGAACAGGAGGAGGAGGAAAAGAGUAAUGUGCCCCCCAAAAAGAAAAAAAAGAAGAGUGAAAAGAAGAGAAAAAAGAAGAAGAAACACAAAAAGAAAAGCGGGAGGUAUUCUGACAGCAGUGGGUCUGACUCUGACACCAUUUACCCCAGUCAGCUGAAAAAGGAAGAAGAGGAAAAUGGUUCCCAACUUGCACCAAUAGCAAGCCAUUUCUCUUGGUUGGAUGACCUUCAGACACGCACAGAGCAGCUGUUCUGUGUUGACCGUAAAGCAGACUCUGCCAACUGGACGUACAAGUCCCUAUACAGAGGAGAUGUAGCCAGGUAUAAGAGGAAAGGAAGCUCAUCCUUGGGUCUGGACCCUUGCAGACAGGGAGUCAGCUGGGAGGAGUCAGAGUCAAAUAAGAAACAGAAAGGCAGGGACAAGAAGAAAUCAGCAGAUAGAUACUUCUCCACAGUCAGUCGCCAGCUCCUGAGGUCUGAGGCCCCUGUUCCUGCCAUACCAACUAUUCCUGAGUGCAGUGAUGCCAAUAGCCCAACCUCUUUUCUCCCCCUGCGUGACCAUGAGGAGAAAAAAGGAGGACAGAUGGGUGACAGAGUGCAGACAUCAUGGGUCAAUCCCCUGGGUGUGUAUGACUCCUCCACAGCGCUCUGGCUGCAGGGGAAGGGACAGCCAGACCAGACUGAGGAGGAGAAGAAGGACACACAGACGAAGCAGGGUGCGGUGCUUUUGGCCGGCAGGACUGAAGAGUUUAACAGGCGACUCAGAGAGCAGCCAGAAGACACACAGCUAUGGAUAGAAUUUAUAAGAUACCAGGAUGAGCUGAGUGCAACAGUGUUUGGAAGCGGUGAGGAACAACAGGGCAGUGAUUUGGCUGAGCGUCACAAGUCUUCCUACAGGGCAGUCCUGGAGAAGAAGCUCAGCAUCGCAGAGCGUGCAGUCGAGACCAACCCGAGAUGCAUCGACCUGCAAUUGGAGAGGCUCAAGAUCUGCCAGGAGCUGUGGGAGCCCUCACUUCUAGCUAAAGAAUGGAAGAAACUGGUGUUCGUGCACCCAAACAGUGCCCCCCUGUGGAGGAAGUAUCUGCUGUUCACCCAGAGCUACUUCAGCAACUUCACUGUGUCCAAGGUGAACUCAGCCUAUGGGAAGUGUCUCAGUACGUUGAGCGCUGUGCGUGAUGGCAGCAUGGUCUCUCAUCCCAUCCUGCCCGGGCUUGAGGAGGAUAUGUUGGAUAUUUUCAUCCAGCAGUGUCACUUCCUGCGUCAGGCUGGUCACUCAGAGAAAGCCAUUUCUCUGUUUCAGGCCAUGAUCGACUUUACUUUCUACAAACCUGACAGCGUACAGAAAAUGUCCACUAAGCAGCAGGUUGAGUUCUUUGAGCCUUUUUGGGACAGCGGGGAGGCAAGGGUUGGAGAGGUUGGGGCCAGAGGUUGGAAGGCUUGGAUGCAACAACAAGAGAAAGGAGGGUGGUUACAACCCAAUCCAGAGGAGGAAGAGGAGGAGGAAGAGGAAGGAGAGGAGGUAAAGGAUCGGAGCCAGCCAAGAUGGACAGUCUGGUUGGAUGUGGAGUCAUCUCGGGAAGCAGCCCACUGGCUGCCCUGGAGGCCUGACAAAGCCAAGGGCCAAUCAGAAGAGGACUGUGAGGAUCCAGACAGACAGGUGUUGUUUGAUGACAUCGGUCCGUCCCUUAUUUGUCUGUCUUCACCAGAGCUCCAGCUCCGUCUUCUUCUCCGUUUCUUCUCAUUCCUUGGCCUGCCUGUAGACUCAGUGCUCUCUGCUGCGUCCUGUCACCCCGGCCUGCUCCUGGAGAACCUUUCUCUGCUCACUAAGGGGAAUGAUCUCAGCCAUCCCCUGACCUCCGGUGACCUACCUGACCUCGGUGUGGACUCUGUAGGUCACAUGACCACUCUCCAGGGAACAAGGAAGUGGGUGGGGCUCGGGAAGCAAGGGGAAGGGUUCUUCACCAAUGUUUUCCGCAUGGUCCAACAUGUUCUUCCUGCCCAGCACCGAGCCAUCCUGUCACUCAGUUGGAUGCGGUAUGAGAAACUCAAAGUUUUGCGUUGCCUAUGUAGCAGCAAUAAAAAGCGCCUUCGCUCUCAGGGCAAGAGCAGCAAACGGGUUGCCAAGCAACUUCUCAAAGAACCAGACAACCGCUCGUCACUGGUGCUGUGGCGGGAGUACGCCCACCUGGAGUGGAUGCUGGGCAACUUCGAUGAGGCUCGCAAAGUCUUUUCCACCGCCUCGGCAUUAGGGGGUACCAAAGGGCUGACUAGCCCCUCCCUCUGUGAGCUGUGUCUGCUGUGGGCCCAGCUGGAGGUGGAGGGUGGGGCAGGUUCACAAAGAGACGGCCUCUCUGAUGUCACCAUGUCCCCAGCUGUGUGUGUGCUAACUAGGCUAGCAGAGGGAACCUUCUCAUCGUCCUCCUCAUCAUCACAGUCUCUCACUCCUGUUUCCAUCCUGAAAGCCAGGAGGUCUUAUGAGCAGACUCUGACAGCUGACUUGUUAGCCCUUGACCAAAACAUCCACAACCUUGAAGUCAACAGAAAAGGUGAAGGGGACCUGCUUGGAGAGAAGCUGAGGCUGAGAGGCCUGGUUGGCUGCUACGCUCUGUUCCAGUACCUCACGAUGGGCAUCCAAGCAGCUAAUGUUGUCUACAGCCAGGCUAGAGAGAGGAUGGAGGAGCUGCACCACAAACUGACACUUAACAAACAGCUUAACAGUAACAGGGAAGCCGACCUAGGUGACUCGGUGGCUACCACUGAGGGUCGCCGACCUGGAGCUGAUAUUGGACACCUCAGCAGGCAGUGGAUCAACAGGCUGGCUUCAGAGUGUGAGGAAGUUGCAGUACAGCAGGCAGGGUUGCUAAAGUACCACAUGGGAAAAAGUGUGUUUCCACUGGCGACACUGAGACAGAUGCUGACAUCUGCUCUCUCUACCUGGUCCGGCAGCGCUCUUUGGAGCAUAUACAUACAGGUGGAGAACCGUUACCAUAGUGCUGGGCGGGCCCGUCGCUUUUUCCACUCUGUAACUAGGGACAACGAAAGAGUGCUACCACGCCUCUUUGCCAUUGUUGCUGAAGAACAAAGGAAGCAGCUGGUGGAUGCUGCUCAGAGAUCUUGUAACCAUGACGCUGCUUUGCCCAUCCUGCCAGAGAACGGCCUCAGCAACCGUAUCCGUGGACUGUUUGAAAACACCAUAGCAACAGAGCUGGGUUCUCACUGUCCUUUACUUUGGAGGAUGUACAUGAACUUCCUGGUGUCAGAAGGGAAGCUGGAUAAAGCCAAAGGGAUCUUUUACAAGGCCUUACAAAAUAUACCAUGGGCUAAGGGUUUGUACAUGGACGCAGUGCAGCUGUUCCCCGAGCAUCUCCAGGAGUUUGUAGAUCUGAUGACAGAAAAAGAACUCCGAGUGCGACUGCCUCUAGAAGAACUGGAUAUACUACUGGAGGACUGAACACACACACACACACACACACACACACACACACACACACACACACACACACACACACACACACACACACACACACACACACACAGCUGCAGUAUAAAAGAGUUAAGUUGUUGUGAUCUUCUCUAAGUUGGGCUUGAAGCCAUCCUUUGUACAUAAUAACUUUUAACUCUUUUUCACAGCAAACUUUGACAAUUUAAUGACCAGACACUGAUAAUAAAUAUAUGUUUCUCAUUAGUA